ACCUCCUUUGUCUCCGGCCCAAAAUUUCGACACCAGUGGUUGUCUUUUUUUUUCUCCCGUUUAGUUUUGAGGAUAUAUUUAUAUAUAUCCCUAUUUUUUGACAUUGAAUGACAUUCGAUUCUGAACUAUUUAUGCCUAAAAGUAAAGCGCCAAAAAUGGAUGACCUGGACUACAUCCCAGUAGACCUGAGCCCAGAGGAGCGUUCUGAGCUGGAGGACAUCCGUAGGAGGAAGGGCGUCCUGCUGCAGGAGAUCCAGAGGCUCAGAGAGGAGUUACGAGAGGCAAUUUUAGAGGUAGAGGGACUGGAGACAAGCACAGAGGGCAGUAAAACUCUACAGAAAAGUAGGCAUGUGGCAAUGGGAAGGAAGAAAUUCAACAUGGAUCCUAAAAAGGGCAUUGCAUUUCUGGUGGAGAAUGAGCUGCUCAGACACACUCCAGAGGACAUUGCUCAGUUCUUAUACAAAGGAGAGGGCCUCAACAAGACGGCUAUAGGAGAUUACCUCGGAGAAAGAGAUGACUUCAACAUCAAAGUCCUGCAGGCUUUCGUUGACCUCCAUGAGUUUACUGAUCUCAACCUCGUCCAGGCCCUCAGACAGUUCCUGUGGAGUUUCCGUUUGCCUGGUGAAGCUCAGAAGAUCGACAGAAUGAUGGAAGCCUUUGCUCAGAGAUACUGCCACUGCAACCCCGGUGUCUUCCAGAGCACUGACACAUGUUACGUGCUUUCUUUUGCCAUAAUUAUGCUGAACACGAGCCUCCACAAUCCCAACGUGAGAGACAAACCUGGAGUGGACCGCUUCAUCUCGAUGAACCGAGGGAUCAAUGAGGGGGGAGACCUACCAGAGGAGCUGCUCAGAAAUCUCUAUGAAAGCAUUAAGAACGAGCCCUUCAAGAUCCCGGAAGAUGACGGCAAUGACCUGACACACACCUUCUUCAACCCUGACAGAGAGGGCUGGCUUCUUAAGCUCGGGGGAAGGGUGAAAACCUGGAAACGUCGAUGGUUCAUUCUCACAGAUAACUGCCUUUAUUACUUUGAAUAUACCACAGAUAAAGAGCCACGAGGUAUCAUUCCUUUGGAAAACCUUAGCAUUCGAGAAGUAGAAGACCCAAGGAAACCUAACUGCUUUGAGCUGUACAUCCCCAACAACCGUGGUCAGCUGAUUAAGGCGUGUAAGACGGAGGCUGAUGGGCGAGUAGUGGAAGGAAACCACAUGGUGUACCGCAUCUCUGCUCCCACACCUGAGGAGAAGGACGAGUGGAUCCACAGCAUCAAAUCUGCCGUUAGUGUGGAUCCCUUCUACGAGAUGCUUGCUGCCAGGAAGAAACGUAUAUCACUUAAGAAGAAAGAGGAGCAGCCAUAGAUCACGCCCUUCGCUCUCUCCCUGUCUUCCUCAGCUCCUUCAUCCCUGCUCCUUACAACUCGUUCAUAAGUUUUGAUAACCCCUCCUUCCUUAUCCCUAAAAGCCGUCUCUUCCUUUUAUGAGGACUCUUCCUUGCUGCCCUAUCUGCCAGACUUUUGAAAAGCCACAUUCAGAGUGAGAAACUCACCCUGUGUGGCUGCCUCUUAUCUUGGUUCUUACACUACUGCUGUUACACACUACAGGCGUGUGUUAGACCAUAUUCACACCAGUGCUGAUCAUCUCUAAAACAACUUUUUUGGCCUCUAAGCCACACUCAUUAUACUUGGUAAUGAGGGACCUGAAAAAGCUAAGAUUAGUUUGCACCUCACAGGAACUAAAAGGUUCCUUUAUGCUGCUGGUUGUCUGUGUUACUAAACACCUGCGAACAUUUGGGAAGUUUGAUGUUUUCAGUGGAACUACUCACACAAAGUCUUGGAAUCCGGCACUUUCUCAUGUGCAUUUGAGCUUUAGGGUUUAAAUUCAGUAAGUAACAAAUAAUGACUCACUGCUUUGUGACUGGCUUGAACUUUCAGACAGUAAGGCCGGAUUUAGACUUCUGCAGGGAAUCUAGGUAGAGCCUAGUAAGCAGCUGACGUCGUUACCGGCAUUUACGCUUCCGUAACAUGUGGCUGUGUCCCAGUGUUUUAUAUGCUGCUGGGUCCCCACUCUUUGCUGCCAUCAGUCUUUUUGUUUUUAUUAGGGGUAAACAUAUUUGUCCUUAUAGUUUUUCCACUUCUAUGUACAUUCCGUCAUGCCCAUGUCGAUAGUUUCAGUAAUUUCUUAUUACUGAAUCAACCCGAUGUGUAGUUACAUUUGUUGGGAGGUGCACGUCAGGUUACGCUGUAGGGUUACACAUGGGUUUGCAGUAACGGCGUAGCUACAGCACAGAUUUCCCACUGAAGCAUAAAUCCCCAGUAUCACCACCAGUAUCAUUAAGCAGAGAUCUUUUUAGUAUAAUAAUGCUCGCGCGACUUGAUUUAGGCCUUGAUUUUCUGUCUUGGUCUCUGCUGAUCUUGUCCAUUUUUGUGAGUUGCAUUUCAUCACACAGACCUCCUAAUAGCAGUGAGUUGUUCAGCACAAACACUCUAGGCUGGCUUGAGCCCCUACUGCAUGCCUGUUGGAAAAUAACUCUUAUUUUAUUUUAUUUUUUUGGCACAUGCAGUGGAUUUUUGGGAGGUGAUCUGAAGAUGCAGGUGUGGAUCCAAAACCAAUGAAAGAAACAUCUGUCAGAGAUUCGUCUGCACUAGUGUGAAUGUGGCCUUUUUAAGGUUAGAAGUCCUCUGAACCUAAACGAGACAUUGCCUUUCUUGAUUGUGCAUACCCUAGACAAAAUGUGAAUUCACGACACAAACACUAAUACGUCUAACGUUGAGUUAGUGGAGUGAGGAUGGAAACGAGUGAUUUCAGAUGACUAACUUGUUCUCAUUGCUUCCUGUAGUACUUGUAACAGUUUUACAUUACUACUCGUCCACAUUUGGGUACUGUAGACACGUCAUUACUGUACAUUAGCACAAUAUUUAUAUUUCCAGGUUGAUCAUGAAGUACGGUCGAGUUGAGACGAGCAUAAGCAGACAGCUGCGAGGUUAAGCUCACGUAGACAAUAUAUAAAUGUUCUUUAGCAUGUUUCUCUAACAUGUUUGAGCAAUAGCAGAGUAGAAAAUCAUAGUACCAGUUUGGAGGCUUGUUAACAAAUCCUUUAUACCACUGACACUGAGCAGUUAGCAUCAUGUUCUCGCAGAUGUAACGUUAUAGCAUGCCACACAUCAUUUUCAGCACUACAAGACGAACAUGUCUGACGUCAAACUGUUAGAGUCGGAUCUGUCCGCUAUAGUGAGUUUUAAGGAAUCACAAAGGCAGCUCAUUACAAUGUACACUUUUUGUAAAUAGAUGUUAGCAUAUUUGUUUACAAUGCGCAUAGAAAUUAUUUAAUUUAUUCUUUUGUUUUGUUUUUUUGUAUGAGCUACUGUUUUACUGCAUGUCGAUAAACUGAGGCAUCGGUCGUAGGUCUGAUGCGUCCCUGAUCAUGCUAGUGCACUGGUUUGAGAAGUGUUAGUGUUUCCUGUUGACUUGGAGAAGAUUUAAAAUGGAAGAUUGUUAAUGCAAAAGUUUAUGACCCCAUUCAGUUGUACCUUCUUUUGAGAGAAUGAAUUUUUGUAGUCUGAUUUAACUGUAACCACACGCUACAUUAUUUUAUUUAUUGCUGAGUAAAUCAGACCCAGUAAAGCACAAGCAGAGAUUCGGUCUUAGGCUUCGGUUGUUACACGAUCGAGUCCAGAUGAAGUGUGAAGGAGCCGUUUACAAACCGAAGCUACCGAAGACUACAGCGAUUUAAAAUGAAGAGAAACGAGACGAGAAACACUUCGAAAUAUCACAUAAAAACAUUUAUAUAUAAAGAAUAAGACUUUUAGAUUUGUUUCCCGUCGUCGAUCUUAAUCUAGUAGUUUAGUCAAACUCCAGUCCUCCAGAUGUUUUGAAACUUUUACAUGUAUCCCUGUUGCAACACAUCUGGAAAAAAAUUAGUAGGUCAUUAGCAAGACAAUAACUUAACUGCAUGUUGAGGUGGCAACCCCUAACCCUUCCUCAAGUAAAUUUAAAUAAAUGUUAAGUGUUUGGGAAAAAUGUACUUCUAAAAGUACUUUUAUUGUACCAUGUUCAUUCACUCAUGAGCUGCUGUAACAUGAAUCAAAUGGCUGAACUGCCACCUUAGCAUGCAGUCAACUUCUAUAGAGUCUUGCUAAUGAUCUACUAAUUUUAUUCAGGUAUGUUGCAGCAGGGAUGCAUGCAAAAGUUUCAGGACACCGGCCCUCGAGGACUGGAGUUUGACACCCGUGCUCUAAAGGAGUGUCUGCACAGGAAGCAAUUCAGAGAUUAUAGAAAGUGAACGACAUUCAGCGAUUUCAAGGGUGUUUAAAAAAACAAACAACAAAAAUAAAAACAAACAGGUGAAGCAAAGCAGAUGGAUCCAGAGGAAAAACCUUUCUUUCCUGAACUGAAGCUGCCAGUGAGAGCGCAGGAUACCGGUGAUUGACAUAGAGGGUUACUCAGGAUUGGGGCCACAUUUCCAGUGAUGUGAAUGCUGUACCGGUCUGCUGUGGAGAGAGUGCUGAUUGUAAAGGUGAAGGUGUCUCAGGAUACGACUGAUGGUGUUCUCCUCGAUCAGCUGAAGGAGGUGACUGGGGAGAGGGAGGGAUGUUUGGGUGUCUCUGCUACAACGUCUCCCACUGAAACUUGGACCUGAGAUAAGUGAUGGAUUGAUCGGUGGUUGGGUUACUCAGGCAACCAAAUCCCAGAGUGACCCGAAAUGUUCACUGGUCGGCUUCAAAGAGGUGCGACAAGCAUAUCGUUCCCUGUUUUUACUGCCAGGUUGAAUGUCAGUCACCGCUAUCCUGCAGCGUUGAAAGAGUCAUCUGGGAUCCGCCCACUUUGCAUCAUCAGCGUGUUUGGUUAUUUUUUAUUUUUCCCUGGCCAUAGUCGGGUGAAGUCGUUGAAUGUCACUAACUUUCUGUGGUUUAUGAUUGCCACGUCGCUGCGAAUCGCUUCCUGCGUAGACGCAGCUUAAUAGGCUGAAGUGUGAACUGUGUCGAUACAUCACCUCAUCAGUUCCAGCUGUAGCAGCAGAUGUUGAUCAUGUUGCUUUAAGCUGAACGGGGUCUUCCCUUUUAUGAUUCACCCUCCAGGGUGUCACUUUAUCUUUCAUGUUUGUGCUUGUUCAUCACAGAGACUCUCUGUAGGCCUUCACUUUCUGGGUAUUCUUGAAAUGCAAAGUUGCCAAAAAAAUAAUAUUUUCAUUCAUAUUGCAAGAAUGAACACUAAAGUGAACUGAAUGAAGCUGGACCACUGUUUCUGAUUCCUUUCACCCCGGAGCCGCCACCUUCAAAAAACGUGUUUAUUUUGUAUUUAUUUAUUUUUGUUUACUGUGAGGUGAAGAUGGAUAGAUCAUCUGUAAAUGUAGCAAAAAGGAAAACCGUGAUACAUUGGUGCCAGUAAACUACUGUGUAACAAUAAAAGGUAAAUGGAGA